UCUCAAGAACAUCCAAAGGCCGAGGACGAUGAAUACUGAUUGUUGAAAAGGCAGAGACUUGACGAACUUUGCACAGUUCAAUCAAGAGGCCCGUGCUCAUUCACUCCGAAGAUUGACCGCGCCAACCUCUUCGUGCUGGCAAGCUUCAAACAAGCUGCCGACCAGCGAACAAAAAUCAUCAACGUCAGUUUCAAAUUCCCUCCGCUCAUUCAAGAUGGCAUUCGCAUGGAAGGCCGCUGGCAUCACCUACAAUCGCUACCUCGCCGUAGCUGCGCGCGUUGUCCGUCGAUCUCUGAAAGAGGACAAGAGAUUGGCCGCUGAGAGAAGAGGAGAGAUGGACCUAAGAUUUGCGAAGUGGGAGAAUGGCAAGCAGGGAGAAAACAAGAGCCUCGCAAGUGCGAAUGCUUCAGCGAUGGCUGAGCAUGCAACCUCAGCAUCGCAGUAGAUUAUCAAAGGUGAAGUUUUGACGUUGGCGAUUGGAUCAGAAAUGCUCAUGGGAAUUCAGAAUGGGGAUAGCGGAAACUUAGCAAUCACUCUGCAUAGAUUCUGUAUCAUCAACACAAUCUUCAAGAGACAUUCAAGAACGUGUGAUUUCUAGCUCUGAUCGUAUUCUUUGGUUAGAUAUAAAUGACGUGAUACUUGCCUUUAAAAAA